CUACAGCGAAGCGGCGCCUGCGAGUAGCUGCGGAAGAUGUUCCUGGUCAAAAACUUCCUUGGAGGAGGCGGAGGGGGCGGUGGAGGUGGAGGAGGAGGGAACAUCAACAUCGGCAAUAUGAUUGGAGGAUUUCUCAGCGGGGGAGGCAGCGGCGGUGGCGGACGGGGAGGUGGUGGUGGUGGCGGCGGCGGCGGAGCCCUCGGGAUCCUGGGAGGAGUCAUCAGCGCUAUCAGUGAAGCGGCUGCUCAGUAUAAUCCGGAACCCCCGCCUCCUCGUAGCCACUUUUCCAACGUCGAAGCCAACGAGAGCGAGGAGGUGCGGCAGUUCCGGCGGCUCUUCACUCAGCUGGCAGGAGACGAUAUGGAAGUGAGUGCUUCAGAGCUGAUGAACAUCCUCAACAAAGUGGUUACCAGACAUCCUGACUUGAAGACUGACGGAUUUGGGAUCGACACCUGUCGUAGCAUGGUGGCUGUCAUGGAUAGUGACACAACCGGCAAAUUGGGCUUUGAUGAAUUCAAGUACCUCUGGAACAACGUGAAGAAGUGGCAGUGUAUCUACAAACAGUACGAUACGGACCGGUCUGGUACCAUUGGCAGCAACGAACUCCCAGGAGCCUUUCAGGCAGCAGGUUUUAAGCUGAAUGAGCAGCUGUACAGCAUGAUCGUGCGCAGGUAUUCGGACGAGAACGGGAACAUGGACUUCGACAACUUCAUCAGCUGCCUGGUGCGCCUGGACGCCAUGUUUCGUGCCUUCAAAUCUCUGGACAGAGAUGGUAGUGGACAGAUCCGUGUGACCCUGAAGGAGGUGAGAGGGGAUUCUGCUUUUAUUUGUUCAUUGCCUGUCCUCCCUGAUCUGGCUACACCGGUGCAGACUUCUGUGACUUCUGGGAUGGACUACUGUAAUGUGAUCUUGAAGACCUCUCAGAAGCUUCAGUUAGUACAGAAUGCAGGCAGUUCACCAUUCCGCCUGGCGUAUGAGCAGAAACCUGCUGCCAGUAAGAGCCCCAAGAAAGAGGCUGGGGAUUUCUCCUCCUCCUUCUCAUCCCCCCCCCACUUCAACUCCCUCUCCUACUUGAAGGAGAAAAACACCAAAGAGGAGCCUCUUUUCAUGCCUCUUAAUUUUUCAGCCACGACGCACCAACAAAAGGAAUAUGAACCAAAAGAGCAACACAGCAGCAAAGCCCCUCGGGUGGGCCAGGUGCCUCUGGUGGCAGCUCACAAGGACUCCUGUGACACCCUGAAGAUGGUCUACUUUGCUGAGCUUCCCCUUGCGAGGGCCUUCGGAUGA